CGUCAAAAAAUUUACAGGCGACACAAAUUCAAUCAUACCCACAUCCAUUCAUGUCAAUCUGAUACCAUAAUUUCUUGAAGAUUUUUUUCUGUUCUAUCAAAAAUGUUUUCUGCUGGUCCCUCAACACAACAUCACAAUGGCGAUAAACAGGCCAUUGAAAAAGAAAUCAGUGAUGCAAUUUUCAGUCUCACCCGUCGCCUUCGUGAGCUGAAAUCCUUUCACAACUCUGAAGAAGCAGAAAGCAGUUCUAAUGGCGCAGGAGUGAUUACAAUGGCAGGACAUAACAGUGGAGCCACCAUGAACAUAGGUUUUAGGGAAGUAGAUCAGAAAUCUAUUACAUUGGGCCAUACUAGUGUUCAUAUUUAUAUCAAUAAUAAUGUACAGGGUGUCAACAAUUCCAUCCUGUACAACAGCUCCUGCACCCUGAGAGACCCAGGAGUACAUAUGGAUUUCUCCCACACCAAAAGCUCCACUGUAGAAUCUUCCAAGGGAGGUGAAAGUGAAGGUGAAAAAAUGGGUCUCACUGCUGAUCCAGAUCUUGAUAUUAGGGCUAAAAGGGGCAGAUCACAUGGUGGGAGAAAGAGGUCCUUAAGUGAGGUUCUUUCUGAUCAUGAUGUGCCAUUGUGUCAAAAGGAGACACAGCCUGCUGAGUCUUGCUCCAGUGUUAAUGCCCAGAUUCAUGAUGGAUCCAGUGAAAGCAGUGUGCAAGGUUCUAAUGCAGUUGAGGUUACCUCCAUGGAGAUUGUGAACGCAGAGAAUGGCCAUGACAGAGGAGAAAGGAAACCCAGUAAGCUUAUGGCUUUCACAAGGAAGUUCCUCUGCAGUACAAGUGUUGUUGAAUGAUCUGAGGUUUCUAUAUUUUGGGAGCCCAUUAGGAGUUUUUUGAAUGUGUAUAUACUGUAUUCAAUUGUUCUCUGUGAGAGAACAGAGUUUGUAAAGUUUGGAACUCCAUUCUUUUCUAAUUUUAAAUUCUUUGCAUUCAA